AUGCGCAGCGCCGCUCUCUCACUCCUCGGCAUCACCGUCCUCCUCCUCUUCCUCUCGCACACCUUCUUCUUCCCGGCGCCCGCUGCCGCGCCCGUCGUCCACCCAAAGGUCUCGCUGCUGCACGGUGGGCACAUCCCGCCCGAGCCGGACCACAGGACAAAGACGAAGGCGCCUCCGUCGGCGUCACCGGCCGCGGCGAGCGCCGCUGGCACGCCUGCCGCUGCGGAUUCGCGUUCCACCCCGCCCACCGUCGGCGCCACCGGCACCGGCGCGCCCGGGCUCGGAGGACACGGCCCGUUUGGCCCCGAGAGCGUGGCGCCGUACAUGCCCCACGGCCAGGAGGACCGGCGCUGCGUGCCGCGGCGCGAGCAGGCGCUUCCGUCGCGACCUCUCAACCUGACCGUCCCCGCGGACAGCGCCGAGUGGCCGAUCAACUGCGCCAGCUUUGACGGCGCUGCGGAGCUCUGCGCCGCGGUCAAGACCGCGGCGGUGCGGCGCGAGGUGAUGGUCGGCGUCGCAAACUCCAACGUGCAGGGUCAGCUCGCCAAGUGGAUCGAGGCGAACCGGCGCGCCGGCAUCUCCAACAUGCUCAUCGUCGCGAUUGACGAGCGGCUGCCGCAGUGGCUCGAGUCGCAGAAGGUGGCCUGCUGGCCCCGGCCCGACAAGGCGCUCGGCUCGCACAAGAUCUCCGCCCAAAAGUUCAAGUUUGUGCGCUCCUUCCUCACGGUGGGCGCGUCGGUGCUGAUGACGGACAUCGACGUCGUGUACCUGCAGAACCCCUUCGACCACCUGUGGCGCGACGCGGACAUCGAGGGCACCACCGACGGGUGGGACGACGGGUCUGCGUACGGGUGGCUCGAGCAGCUCGACGACCCGAGCCUCGGCGCGUACGGACGCUUCCGUCCAGCGAUGCGCAUCACAGCGUGGAACUCAGAAGCCGAACACGCGUGGAACUCGGGCCUCUGGUAUGCAGCCGCAACACAUGCAUCGCUGCGGCUGAUGACCAUCCUUGCGUACCGGAUGGAGCACGAGCCUAACACGUGGGACCAAGCGGCGUUUGGCGAGGAGGUGGCGCGGCCCGCGCGCGACGGCCACCAUGCCGCCGGGAUCGUCAAGCGCGCACUCAGCUACUGGUGCUUUGCAAACUCAAAGACGGUCUUCCGGCGGCUCCGCGCCGAGGCGGGGUCGACACACAGACCGGUCGUGGUGCACGCAAACUACCACCAGCCGAAGCAGCCGCGGAUGGACGCCGUGUACGACCGGUGGCACCUCGGCCAGGCCGACGCGCUCGGGCGCUUCAGCACCGAGCCGACAGCCGUCGUCCCCGCGCCAGAGCUGGAGGUCAACUCGCUCCACUCGAUCAACGACGGGUUUGUCUCUGGCUCCGACACGCGCAACGCCCUCGCCGCGGUCAAGGGGGGCGGGUGCCGGCCGCAGCCGUCGCUCCACGGCGUGCGGGUCUCGGUCGCCGUCCUUCCGGUCAAGGCGUGCGCCCCGGCCGACGCCGUCUGCAGCGCGGCGAGCGACGUCGCCGUCCGGCGCGGCUCCUCGCCGCCGGAGCUGCUGCUGCUGGUGGUGGGUUCGUCGGAGGCGGAGCCGGCCAGGCUGUUCCUGCAGUCGGCCUCCGCCGCCGGGGUCAAGAACGUGCUCGUCGCGUGCGACGGCCUCGUGGCGGCGCUGCAGGGGCAGGGCGUGACGGUCGUCGACGCCUCCUCUGACGUGCCGGCCGAUGCCUCAGCCGCGUCGCGGGUGGCGCGGCUGCGGUGGGCGCUGGUGCGGCGGCUGGUGGAGCACGGGUACGGCGUCCUCUCCGCCGCGGCGCCGACGCACUUCGUCUCCGACCCUUUCGACGCGCUGUACCGCGAUGCCGACGUCGAGGCGAUGACGGUCGGGUACAACCACGUCAUCGACGACCCCUCGAUGGGCUUCACGCGCUUCUGCCACGGCUCGCGCACCGUGCGGCCGCGCCUCUUCUUCGCGAUGCCGACGGCGGAGAGCGAAAGGCUCGCGCGCCGCAUGGGGGAGCGGCUCGGCACCGCCGGCUCGGAGGGAGCGGCGCGCGGCGGCGAGGCGGCCGGAGGCAGCGCGUAUGACCGGGUGGCGCGGGACGAGCGCGAGGCGUUCGUGCGCGAGCUGUGGCUGCCGUCGCGGAACGAGUACGCCCACCCGGGCGCUGUGCUGCGCGUGAUGAACUAUCUUUGCUUUGUCAACUCAAAGGUGGUGGCGCGGCAGUCUCGGGUGCUGGCGCGGCAAGGCCAGCGCGUGCUCGCCUCGCACAAGCCGGUGCUCGUGCACAUUGACUACCACGCAGACGUCGCGGCACCCGCGGUGCGCGCGGCGGUCGAGCGGUCGCCGUGGUCGUGGGGGGGCGUGCCCGGCUUCGUGUUUGAGGCGGGUGGGCGCCUCUCGACGCCCUGGGGGCCCGGGCAGUGGGGGCUGCACCGCGGCUUCGAGGCGGCGCUCUUUGCAGACUUCAUCGGCACGGCGCACAACAUCGAGCUCUCGGCCGGCAUCGCCGUGGCCACGCGCUGCGCCGACGACAACAUCGUGCUGAUGCGCUCCGUCAAGGGGCUCGACUUGCCAAAGUGA